ACCUGCCGCGCCUGCGGGAUAAUCGCGGAAGUGUUCUUCAGAAAUGGCGAAUCCUCCAAAUCGCAGAGCAACGCCGGUUGCAAAUGCUCCUUCAAAGCUUCUCUCCCAGUCUGAAAAUGAUCAAGUAUUUAACCUUCUCGGUAGAAGAUGUUCGACUUUGACAACGGCUGUAGUGCAGGUGUUUUUGGCCCAGCCUCCUAACUCCUGGACUAAGAAAUGCUGUGGUGUAGCUUGCUUCGUUAAAGACACCAACAAUCGAUCUUACUACAUCAGAGUUUUUGAUAUUGUGAGAGGAAUGAAAGUUUGGGAACAAGAACUUUACAAUCAGUUCAAGUACUUUGUUGUUGAGGGCAAGCAGUUUUUCCACACGUUUGCAACAGAUACUUGCUGGGCUGGCCUGAACUUUGCCAGUGAUGCUGAAGCUAAUGAAUUCUCCAAGUGCAUCACCGAUAAGAUUAAGGACAAGCAGCGGCGUAGAGAAGACAAAAAGCGCCGUGCCCCUGAUGCACCUCCACAGAAACGCCCCAACGUUGCUCCUCCGGUCCCAGCGCAGAACACAUCACGAAGACGGAAAUCAUCAGUUCUCUCACCAUCCCAUUCUGAUACCAGAUUACAAUAUCAGAGUGGAUCGCCAGGCAAUCAACGGCGUAGCCGGCGUUUCUCAUCCAGUGACUCUCAUUCCCCCAGUCAUGCAUCCCAUAACACCCAGCCCCCAUCACCGACCAUUGAUACUUCCACAACUAAGAAGAAAGACAAGAAGAAAGACAAAGGCAAGAAGGGGAGACUUACCAAGGCUGACAUUGGAACGCCAAGUGAUUUCAAGCAUGUCAGCCAUGUUGGAUGGGACCCACAAAAGGGUUUUGAUAUUGAUGAAAUGGACCCGGAAGUCAAAACCUGGUUCCAGAACAUUGGCGUUUCUGAAGCUGAGCUCAAGGACCAGAAUACUGCGGCUUUCAUCAAAGAUUUUGUGGAAGAACAUGGAGGAUUUGCCGCCAUCAAGGAUGACUUGGCUGGGCGAAAGCGAGGUGGUUCAGCCCCUCCUCCACCACCCCCUUCCCGUGGCUCAGCUCCACCCCCUCCUCCUCCUGGUAAUCGUGGGCCACCCCCUCCCCCACCCCCUAGUCGAGGGCCUGCACCCCCUCCCCCUCCCUCAUCCCGUGGGGCACCGCCUCCACCUCCACCAUCUAGAGCUCUGCCCCCGACUCCCCCAUCUAUGGCUCCGCCCAUGCCUCCUCCAAGCAUGAUUUACGCUGCUUCUACUCCAGCUCCCCCACCCCCGCCCCCAUCCAUGGGAGGCGGAGGGGGAGGACCCCCUCCCCCACCACCCCCACCACCCCCAGCAGUGGGAGCAGCCCCACCCCCUCCCCCUAUCGGAGGCGGGGGCGGGGGUGGGGGUGGUCGUGCGGGGCUUCUAGAUGGUAUCCAUAAGGGGGUUGCCUUGAAGCGUGUGGAUCCAGAUGACCGACCAGCACCUGCUAGUGAUGGGCGUGGUGCUCUACUUGAUCAGAUCAGGGCAGGAAAAGCUCUCAAGCAGGUGGACAUGUCUGAACGUGAGGCAGAUGUUUCUCCUGGAGUACCUCAAGAUGGUCUUGGGGCGGCACUGUUAAACGCCUUACAGAUGAGAAGUAAUGCAAUCCACUCUGAAGGCAGUGAUGACGAUUCUGACGAUGAUGACUUUGAUGAUGAUGAUGAUGAAUGGGAUUAGAUAAAGCGAGUUGAGAACAAUCAUCCAUUCUACCAGUCAUCAUUUGUUGUAAUGUAAGACUCCAGUUGAUGAACCUAAGGUCUGCCGACCUACUUUCAGUUCUGUUUUAAUGCUUCUGUUAGUAUUGAGUCAUUCAUAAUAUGAAAAGCAAAGCCCUUUUCACAUUGAUUUUUGCCAUUUCCCAACAAAUCAGCUUUGGUUUACGUUGUGAACCAGAGGCCAAUUUCACAGAGCUGCUUACGCACAAAAUUUGCUUAAGGGUGAGAAAACCUUGCUUAAUAAAUCAGGUAA